UUUUGGUGUAGCCUUUAUCCAAAGAACCAAAGUUGAUAAGACAUCACUUAUUCCUCUGGAAUAACUCAAACCCCUUCUCCUUACUCAGAAAAGUCACCAAAAGGUUUCAAGUGGUCUCAUCUCAGGCGAAACUGCUCCAAAUGGUCAUCGAUUUCUAGGUGCAAGAAAACUCGAGUUCUGUUGUUACAAAAAGAUGGCAGAGAGGGUAGAAGGAUCUGUAGCAGAAGGAGAAAACACGAUCGAAGAAAGACACGUAGGAGCUAUGUGGGAGCUAGAGCAGAAACUUGAUCAGCCCAUGGAUGAAGAAGCUAACAAGCUCAAGAACAUGUACAGAGAAAAGGGUUUGUCGAUGUUGAUGCUACUAAGACUAUCAUUUCAAAGCUUAGGGAUAGUGUACGGAGAUUUAGGGACUUCUCCGUUGUAUGUGUUCUACAAUACAUUCCCUGAUGGAAUCAGUGAUAGUGAAGAUGUAAUUGGAGCUCUUUCUUUGAUCAUUUACUCUCUCUUACUUAUACCUCUCAUCAAGUACGUCAUCAUCGUUUGCAAAGCUAAUGACAACGGCCAAGGUGGGACUUUAGCUAUAUACUCGUUGCUUUGUAGACAUGCUAAAGUGAAGCUAAUACCGAAUCAGCAACGCAGCGAUGAGGAUCUCACAACUUAUAGUCGAACGUUGCUCCCUGAAGGGUCUUUUGCUGCUAAAACAAAGAAGUGGUUAGAGAGUAAAGAAUCAAGAAAGAGAGCUCUUCUGUUCAUUGUUCUUCUUGGAACUUGUAUGAUGAUUGGUGACGGUAUCUUAACCCCAGCUAUCUCAGUUCUUUCAGCUACUGGUGGGAUCAAAGUCAUCAGUCCAAAGAUGAGCAGCGAUGUUGUUGUGCUUGUUUCUAUCAUCAUCUUAAUAGUACUGUUCAGUAUGCAACAUUAUGGCACAGACAAAGUGGGAUGGCUCUUUGCUCCCAUAGUCUUUAUCUGGUUCCUCUUCAUUGGAGCCACUGGAAUGUACAACAUCUGCAAACACGACACAAGCGUUUUGAAAGCGUUUUCGCCUACAUAUAUCUACUUAUACUUUAAAAAACGAGGACUAGACGGUUGGAUCUCGCUAGGUGGCAUUCUUCUCAGCAUAACAGGCACUGAAGCACUAUACGCAGACAUUGCUUACUUCCCCUUACUAGCGAUUCAGCUCGCGUUUACGUUCUUUGUCUUCCCUUGUCUUCUUCUUACGUACUGUGGACAAGCUGCUUAUCUUGUGAACAACAAAGAUCAUUACAAAGACGCCUUCUAUGCAUCUAUGCCUGAUAGUGUGUACUGGCCUAUGUUUGUAGUCGCCACAGGAGCUGCCAUCGUUGGGAGCCAAGCUACAAUCUCAGGGACUUAUUCAAUAAUCAAGCAGGCAGUGUCUCAUGGAUGUUUUCCACGUGUUAAGAUUGUUCAUACUUCCAAGAAGUUCCUUGGUCAGAUCUAUUGUCCUGAAAUUAACUGGAUACUUAUGGUCGGAUGCAUCGCCGUCACUGCUAGUUUCAAGAACCAGAGCCAAAUAGGAAAUGCAUACGGAACUGCUGUUGUGCUCGUGAUGCUUGCUACCACGUUACUAAUGAUCCUGAUCAUGCUCCUCGUGUGGAGGUGUCAUUGGAUCCUUGUCCUAACAUUCGCUGUCCUCACACUAGUGCCAGAGUUGUCUUACUUCUCGGCUGUGAUAUGGAAAAUAAAUCAAGGAGGAUGGGUUCCACUCAUCAUAGCAGCCAUCUCUCUUCUUGUUAUGUCGGUUUGGCAUUACGCAACAGUCAAGAAGUAUGAGUUUGAAGUGCACAGUAAAGUCUCCAUGAGUUGGAUACUUGGUCUUGGUCCUAGUCUUGGUCUUGUUCGUGUCCCUGGGAUCGGGCUGGUCUACACGGAGUUAGCUAGUGGUGUCCCUCACAUCUUCUCUCAUUUCAUCACUAACUUGCCUGCGAUUCACUCAGUUGUUGUCUUUGUUUGCGUCAAGUACCUUCCGGUUUACACUGUCCCUGAAGAAGAGAGGUUUCUUGUCAAGAGGAUAGGACCACAGACAUUCAGAAUGUUCCGUUGUAUAGCCAGGUAUGGUUACAAAGAUCUACAUAGGAAAGAUGAUGAUUUUGAAAACAAGCUGUUGAACAACCUCUUCUCAUUCAUCCGAAUCGAAACUAUGAUGGAGCCAGGUUCAAACUCAAGCACAUACAGCAGUGCGUAUUCACUCAACCAUACACAAGAGUCUAGAGAUGAAUUGAUCCAUAACAACAACCACCACCACAACAGCAACAACAACAACAUUGAUGAGUUCUCAUCUAUGGUGGACUACACGGUAUCUACAUUAGAUACGAUAGUUCCUGCUGAUAAUAGGAUGAGUUUCAGUCAGAACAACACGGUGGAAGAUGAGGAGGAUGAGUUGCAGUAUCUAAAGACUUGUAAAGAGUCAGGGAUUGUUCACAUCAUGGGAAACACUGUGGUAAAAGCAAGAAAUGGAUCAUGGCUUCCGAAAAAAAUAGCGAUUGAUUAUGUUUAUGCGUUUCUUGCAAAGAUUUGUAGGGAGAAUAGUGUUAUCUUGCAUGUUCCUCAUGAAACCCUUUUGAACGUUGGUCAAGUCUUCUAUGUUUAGGGUUUUUGUUGUGUGCAUGUAAAACAAGUACAGAUAAAGGGGGGAAUAAAGAAAAAAAGAUACCACUAGACGAUAG